GAUCAAGUCAAGACACAAGGCUGGCCCAAACCAAACACAAAUCAGCCUUUCUCUUCCUUUUGCUUCCAUCUGUCACCAAGCACAAAGGCCAUGUCUUCACAACUCACACUUCACUUCCUCCAGUCAGUUUGGUGCCAUGUGGUGAAACAUUAUUAACAGUAUUUAUAUUCACUGGAGGAGGAUUGGCUCUCAGCUGACUUUGUGAAAGCUGAUUAUGAGGAGUUUAAUUUCAUCAGAUAAGGAUACCUUCAUUUAUAAGCAGACACUGUUCCUGGCCAUGAGCCUGGUAGGCAUUCAGUGGGACGAGCACUCCCCCUGCUGUUUAUCACACUCUAGUUCAUGUAGUAAAAAUGGUUCUUUCAAUCUGAUAUUUCCAUGUAAAUUACUGUAAAAGCCACAUCGCCAUCAUCUAAUGUGUUUCUGCAUGUCUUAUAAUAAUAUGUUCAUACAGCAGAGUGAAUAUUUACCGAUUUUAUUGGCUUCUAGUGAAAAGUUAAGAUUUCUGAGUCCCUUUCCUUCAACAUUGUGCUCACAUUUUAGUACUUUGCACAUAUUUUAUUAGUAUUUCCUACAAAUUCUAGCAUAACAGAUCAUUGUUUUACAAAUUUACUACCAUCCAUCUUCAGUUCAUAAUCUAAUAUUUUUUAACAUGAAUUCCUAUUUAAUGUCAAAUUCAUUAACAUGAUGAAAAUUGUUCCUGUGUUAAUCUUUUGCAGAUAGUUUUUAUUGGCUCUUAAUGUCAUUUGUGUCCCCAAGGAAUAAAAAUAAAUAAAUAUGCUUGCAAGUAUUAUUUGAAAGAAGUCUGUUUUGUAUCUUAAAGUAAAAAGUUGGACAAAAAUCAGAGAGUGCAGAAUUGUUCUUUGUUUUCCAUUUAAUCUCCAACUGAAGGCUUAUGUGAGCAUGUGGGUGAACGCUCUUCUGUCAGCAAGCUUCUGCUAUGCUGAUGUUUCCUGGAGGGAGACAGUAAAGCUCUGGUACCUCCAGCAGACAAAAGAGAAUUUCUUCUACAGUCAGCCAGGAUGUCAGGGAUGGAUGUUCUGCUGGUGGACCAUAAUGAGACUGGAAUCACUCCAAUAGACAAUGGGACUUUCCUCCUUUUCUCCCCGACUUCUGCAUCCACAUCGGCAGCGGCCUCAUCUCCGGGACGACAGGGCAAUGUUUACGUCUACGUGUGGCUCUUCCUCGGCCUUCUGGUGUUCCUGCUGACGCUGCUCAUCAUUUCCCUCCACAGGCUGAAGAACAUCAUCUCCUCCUCCUCCUCCGUCCCUGACUGCAGCAGCGAGGGAGGAAGCUCCUUCACAAACAUGGAAAUCUGUAGCAUCUCGUCUCAGAGGUCCACCAUCUCCGCACUCUCCACCUGAGGGAGAAGGGAAGGAGCUCUUGUCGUACAGACUCAUGCAUCUGUGUGCUGUCAUUAGUGCAUGCUUACGUGUAAAUUACAGGCAAGCAUGCAUGUACAAGCAAAACACAUGGAGAGACAACAGUUCCUCAAAAACCCCGGAUUUAACUGAAAGAAAAGCAUUAAUAUCCAUGCAUGCAUGUUGUAAUCCUGACAUCCCAAUGACUGGGGUAUCCAUGCAAUUUGCUGAGGCAUCAGAAUAAGAUGAGAGCUACUAUACGUCUCUAAACAUGAAGAUGGAAAAAAAUCUGAGAAGUUGUGCUCUCGCUGCAAGGAAAAAACAUAAUGAAAGACUAUUAUCUUUCUUCCUUUCAUUUUUGUUGUCAUGUUUACUUUAGAAGAAGUAACAUUUUGAAGUAAAGCUUUGUACAGCACAUCUAAUAAUGUCUGCAGAAUACAGUAGAAAAUAUUCUUUAAUAUUACAGACUUUGUACAGAUAUGCAUGCACACUUUCCACUUGCUUUGUUUGAUUUUGAGAUGGAAAACCAUGAACAUACCAGACUGGUUUAUAAUCCCAAAGUCUGGGUAAAGACGGCUGCACAAAGAGAUGACAGACAUGGUGCUGUGAACAUGGAGGAGAGACAGCAAUAAUACUUCCAGACUAUUGACAGACAUACAGCCUCUAACUGCUCCAAACAGUCCGGGUCAAAAGUGGCAAAAACUACAAGAUGAAAUUCUAACGUUGAAAGACAGAUCUGCCAGCACUGCCGUCUCUUGCCUGUCAACUCAUGUAGCAUCUAAUUUCAGUCUCCAUAGAGACAGAAGCAGGAGAGCUCUGUGCAGCCAUCAGCCUUGUCUGUAUUCCUGGAUGACGCCACAGUAAUGGUUGUUUUCUUACAUCUAUGUUUCCUCAAUGUGAAAUGAAGUUUAUUUGGCAUUGCAACAAAAAUACACUAUGAAUUUUGAUCAAAUUGUUUGGAAACGAUUCAUUUAUAAUUACCUGUAUUGUUUGCUAAAUUCAAUAAACUCAAAGAGAUGACAAACAAAAAAGAAACUAAACAAAAGU